GCCUUUUACUGGUAUCAGAAAGCAGCAGAGAAGGGUUAUGAAAGGUCAAUGCACUGUCUUGCCUAUUGUUAUAACAAUGGUGAAGGGACAGAGAAGGACUUGGGAAUGGCCUUUUACUGGUAUCAGAAAGUGGCAGCGAAGGGUAACGAAGAGUCAAUGAACAGUCUUGCCUUAUGUUACUACAAUGGUGAAGGAACAGAGAAGGACUUGGGAAUGACCUUUCACUGGUAUCAAAAAGCAGCAGAAAAGGGUUAUGAAAGAUCAAUGUACAAUCUUGCCUAUUGUUAUGAAAAUGGUGAAGGAACAGAAAAGGACUUGAGAAUGGCCUUUUACUGGUAUCAAAAAGCGGCAGAGAAGGGUUAUGAAGAGUCAAUGCAUCAUUUUGCCUUAUGUUACUAUAAGGGUGAAGGGACAGAAAAGGACUUGGAAAUGACCUUUUACUGGUUUCAGAAAGCAGCGAAGAAGGGCCAUGAAAGGUCAAUGCAUAAUCUUGCCUUAUGUUACUAUAAGGGUGAAGGGACAGAAAAGGACUUGAGAAUGGCCUUUCACUGGUAUCAAAAAGCAGCAGAAAAGGACCAGAAAAUGUCAAUACACAGUCUUGCCUCAUGUUACUACUAUGGUGAAGGGACAGAGAAGGAUUUGGAAAUGGCCUUUCACUGGUUUCAGAAAGCAGCAGAGAAGGGUCAUGAAGGGUCAAUGCUUUACCUUGCCUUAUGUUAUGAAAAUGGUGAAGGGAUAGAGAAGAAUUUGGAAAAAGCCUUUUAUUGGUAUAAAAUGACUCCUGAUAAUUUUAAAAUUAACAACUUAUGCAAGAAAUGCAACCAACCAUAUAUUGAUUUCAAAUGGUGCCAACAAUGUAAUAUUAAACAAUUUCAGCAAGAUUUUUCAAAAUGGACUAGUAAAAAUAAAUUUAUUGAUAAAUUUAUUCAAGAAGCACAACUAAAUGCUAAAAGUAGUUAUGAAGUUUUAGAAUGGAUACCUUAUAAUAAAUUAAAUAAUAUUAAUUAUUAUGAUAAAGGAGGAUUUAGUGAAAUUUAUAGUGCUAUCUGGUUAGAUGGACCUAUUGAUAGUUGGAACUUUGAUGAACAACAAUGGAAUAGAUGGUCUGAUUAUGAUGUUAUUCUUAAAAAUCUUAAUAAU